AUGGAGAUUUUUACAUUUGAUAAUUGUGAUCAUUCUAAAGAAUUCUAACUUCUUGUUUAAUAUUAUUCAGUAUUUGAUGAAGAGGGAGAAUCAUAAAUAAGAACAAAAUCAAUUGUUGAUCUAUUAGAUGCAGGCUUAGAAAUUUAAGAAAAAUUUAGGAAUAAAGCAAAAUAAGAGAAAUAAAGUAAGCUAUUUUUAAUUUUAUAGCAUAGAGGAAUUUCAAAACUCCUUUAGAUUUUCUUAGGGAUUCCUUAAAAAAUAAAAUUGAUAAUACUCUGUAAUUUUAACAAUUAUUGAUAUUUUCUAAUCCAUAAGUAGUGAAGAAUUUUGGAAAACCAAAAGUAGUUCAUCAUAAUGGUGAAUUUUUGUUAGUAGGAGGAUCAUUAGGGAAUAUUCUAUAUUACUCUUAAUAAUAGAUGGAUAUCAUUAUUUAAUAAUAGAAGAUAGGAGCAGUUACAGCUUUAGACUCAUUAAAUGAAUUAGUGGCUGUAGGGUAUGAGAGUGGAUGGAUUAGCAUAAUAAAUAUGAAAAAAAGGAAACAUUUGUGUACUUGUUAAAAUAUUACUAAAUCAAAAAUAAUAGUGUUGAAAUUCAUUUUUUAAUCUAAGAAAUUUUAUAAUGUAAUAACUUCUGAUGAUGUUGGAGUAAUUAGAAUUGUAAAUUUUAGAAAAGGAAUGUUAGGAUUUGAUUAUGAAAUAUAAUUAACAAUACCAAGAUAAUCGUUUCCAAUGUUAAACAUUAUAGUGUUGUAUAAAAAUGAAACUAAAGAAUUUAUGGGAGAUUUAUAUGAAAAAUCAAGUAGAAUUAUAGGAUUAUGUUCACUAAGCAAAUUUUAUCUUAUCAUGGUUUAUAAAGAUGAUGAAAAGAAAUUAAAAUCAAUUAUAGAAAUAGAAAAUCCACAUGUUUCUUCACCAGAAAAACCUUUUUAUUGCUAUCUUUCUUAUGGUUAUGGAGUUUUACCUCCUCCAAAUUAAGAGUAAGAAGAAUAAUGGAAAGAAAAGAGAUUGAUAAUUUUACUUUGUUGGAAUUGCCAUAUGUUUAUAUUAGUUAGAAGUAAUGAUUAGGCAAGAUAUAUGACACUUAAACCAUUAAUUUUUAAAUAGCAAAUACAUGCAGCUUAUUUUGUUGAGUAAUCUAUUAUAGAAGUUAUUACUGCAAAUCAAAAUAUAUAUUUAUUUAAUACACUUCAUCUAGAAUUACAUGUAGUUCCAAAGGGAAUCGAAUAAAUACCAUAUUUUAUUUAAAAAAAGAAUUGGCCUGAUUCCCCAUUUACUUCCCUUUAUUAGAUUGAAGUUUUAAGUUAAGAUGAAGGAAUUGCAUACAAAUAAUAUCCUUUACAAUAUUAGAUAUAUACUUUAAAUAAAUAGACAAGGUAAAUCCAUAUUUUAGUGGAAGGAUCCAUUGUAACAGGUAGUAUUAAUAAUUUAGAAUAAUCUAUUGAUAUUUUUAUUUAAAAUAAAGAUUGGGCCAAAGGAAUGUUAUUGAUUCUUGCUUUGAUGGAUGGUAGCAUGAAAUCCACUCCAAUCAAAUUUAAUAUGUAGGUUUUAAAAAAGAAAGUAUUGGAAAUAGCCACUCAUUAUAUUAAAGUUGUUUUAGAAGAAAUCAGAAUUACUCUAGAUAAACAUAAGACUUUUAUUUAUACUCCAACUUCUUUAUUUGGUCAUUAAUAAGAUGUAGAAAAAGUUAAGACUCUACUCUCAAUGCUUGUAGACUUUCUUUUGAGAGUUUCAAGUGAUAUCCUAUUUAAUCAAAUAUAUUGUAUAAUAAAGAAAUUUUUAAAUGGAGAUAUAAGUUUAUUAUGCAAUGAAUUAAGUUUAUAUUUAAAAAAUGGAAAGGUCAAAGUAAUAGAUGCAAAUGAAUAAACUAUAAGUAUUCUAUUUAUUAUUAAUUUAAUUAGAUGAAAUAUUGUUAUAUUAUGUUUAAAAAGGAGAAUAAUAAUGUAUUGAUGCUUUUAUUUAAAAAAUUGAUUAUUCUAAAAUAAAUACUGAAUAAUUGAUACAAUUUUGUCUUUUAAAUAAACUUACUACAAGUUUAAGUUAUGUCUGUACAAGAUCUGGAGAUUUUUUAACACCUUUGGCUAAAUUAUGGGGAAUCAUAUAAUAGGACAUUAAAAAGAAGGAUCCAUAAAUAGUGAUAGAAUAGGGAAAAAGCAUUAUUCAUUAUUUAGAGUAAACAUUACAUAUUGAAUAAUUAAUAAAAGAGAAAUCUGAUUAGAUAUCUUUAUGGUUAUUUGAAGUUCAAACUUUAUUUUUAUUAAUGAGCAUAGAUUUUGGUGGAUGUAUCUAAUUAUGUUAUAAGUUUUUUAUACUACCUUAUGAUUAGUUUUUAGAUAAAGAACGAUUAAAGAAAUAUUAUGUUAAUAUGACUUAAGCUUUUUAAAAAUUAAAAACAAUAAAAGAUCAAAAUGAUUUAAAAUUUUAAUUAACUUAAUUAUAAAUAAAAACUUUACCAGAUGCAAUUGGAUGGGAUAAGAUGAUCAAUUAAGUUGGUAGAUCUAUUUAAGCAAGUAUUUUGAGUAAAGGAUAUACAGAAUAAUUAUAAAAUAAAUAAUUAACUGAAUUAUUCUUAGAUUUAGUAAGUGAACAUCGCCAUUUGAUAUUUUUACCACUUUAAUGUUUACCAUUACCUAAUAUAUUACAUAAUGAUGAACCAACUCUUAAAUAUUGUUUAAUUUAUGCAUAUAAUUAAUUUAUAAUCAAUUUAUUUAAAAAAUAUCCAGCUGUUGAUAAAGAAGAUAUUUUAAAUUCAAUGGCAUCAGAUGGAUAAUUUGAUUGGGUUAAAAUGUAUUUAAAUGAAGAACUUAAAAAUUAUAGUAGAGCUUUAGAUUUUAGAAUCAAAAUUAAGAAUCAAUUACAAUAAUAUAAUAUUUAAGUAAAGUUUGAAAUAUUUACAUGGAUUUCCAAAAUUUUAUCUAGAGAUCCUCCAAUUCUAUAAAUUGAUUCUUUUAGAGAUAGAAUUCUAAAUCAUAUAGGAUCAUUAGUUUCUUAUAGUGCUAUUCAUACAAGAUCAUUGAUUUCUAAAUAUUUUUAAGCCAAUGAUAUAAGUAUUCUUAAUAAAAUGGGAGAAUUACCAAAAUUAUAAUUAGAAUAUUUAGAAUAAAUAAUGUAAGUUGAUAGAAAAUAAUAUCAAUCUAAUACAGAUCUAUUAAAACUUUAUAUAAAAUUACUUUGUUAAAUUAAACCUGAGAAAGUUUUAAAGGAACUGUAAGAAUAAGAAUAUCCUUUAGAUGAUAUUAUUAGUGUAUUAAAAUAAUAUCCUGUUCCUGAUGCUUUGGUAUAUUUGCUUGAAAGAUCAGGAGCUAUAACAGAAGCAAUUAGUGUCAAACUAGAUGAUUUUAUUUAAAAAAUAUAAUAGAAAUCAUUUCUAAGCAAAGUAUGUAUUUAAUUUGAAUGAUUUAGAGUGAAUUUUAUUUGUAUUUUUUGGAGAUUUGUAACAUAUGCCUUAGAAAUAAGAAAUUAGAUGAAUUGGAUGAAUCCUGGGAUAUGGUUACUUAAUGCAUUUUAGAACUGUCUCAAAAUAGAUAUACUCCAUAACCUUACCCAUCUUAUUUAGAAGAAUACAUUCCAUUAUUGUUAAAGAAGUGGGCAGAAUGUAGUCAUUUAGAUGCAUUUCUACAUAAAAUAACAACCAAAUAUAUGAGAUUAAGUUCUUCUAAACUUAAAAUGACAUUCUUAUCAAUGUAUACACAUAUCAAUUUCUCUACUACUGUUUAUACAAAGUUAGUCGAUAUCAAUUUUAUUAAAUGUAUUCAAAAUAUGAGAGCUUUGGUUCAUUUAUAACUUAAAGGAUAGGGAUACUUACCAGGUUGUUUUUCAUGUUAUAAUUAUUAUGAGUAUGAUUAAUAACUUCAACCAAUCAUAGUUUUAGCAUGUGGUCAUACUUUUCAUUUUAAUUGUCUUAAUCUGGAUGAGAAAGCUUAAUAUCAUUGUCCAGUUUGUUUGCUGAAUCCAAAAAUAGCUAUUGUUCAUUUACUUCAUUAAUUGAAAUCUAAAAAAUAUUUACUUAAGUCUGAAAAUUAAUAGUAAUAAUAAAAUAUAAGGAAUUAAAAUCCUUUGGUUAUGAAUAUCAUUAAAUAAGGAUAAAAAAAAUAGUAAGAAAUAGAUUAGAGUUAGAAAUUCAUAUAAAAUGAAAAUGAGGUAGAUAUUAGGAGAAUGAAACAAAUAGAAAAGUUAAAAAAAUUUGAAUAAUAAAAAUUCAUUAGAUUGGAGAGAAUUUGUUAAGGAGUUAUGCCAUAUUGA